AUGGGCCAAGAGCAGUCCGGCCUCAUUGAGGAUGAUGUUCCUCCAACCACCUUGUCCGAGCGCUCGCUCUCUGCCGUCGCCCAGAUGAUCAAAGAUGGCCACGCGCAGAAGAUCGUGGUCAUGACCGGUGCUGGCAUCUCAACUGCCGCUGGAAUUCCUGACUUUCGCUCCCCUAACACUGGCCUGUACGCGAACCUCGCUCGCCUCAACCUCCCCUACGCCGAAGCCGUCUUCGACAUCUCCUACUUUCGCAAGAACCCCGACCCCUUCUACGUCCUUGCGAAAGAGUUAUAUCCUGGAAACUACUCCCCGACCAUCUCGCAUGCAUUCAUCGCUCUUCUCGCCAAGAAGAACCUCCUCCGAAUGCUCUUUACCCAGAACAUUGACUGUCUGGAGCGACAGGCUGGGGUUCCCGGAGAGCUGAUUGUGGAGGCCCACGGCAGCUUCGCCACCCAGAGGUGCAUUGAGUGCAAGACCACAUUUCCAGACGACAAGAUGAAGGACUACGUGUUCCAAGGCCAGGUGCCUCGCUGUGUGGACAAGAAGUGCGAUGGCCUGGUGAAGCCCGACAUUGUCUUCUUUGGAGAACAGCUUCCGGAGCAGUUCCACAAGAAUAGGCACGUCCCGUCAUACGGCGACUUGGUCCUGGUCAUGGGAACGAGCCUCACCGUGCAGCCAUUUGCCAGCCUGCCGGAAAUGGCAAAGGAUGAGACGCCUCGUGUCCUUUUCAACUUGGAGCGUGUCGGUUCUAUGGGAACCCGGCCGGACGACGUCUUGGUCCUCGGCGACUGUGACUCGGGUGUCCGAAAACUUGCCAAUGAGCUCGGCUGGGGAGGUGAGCUGGAGGCGGUGUGGCGGGAGAUCGUCGGUGACAAGGAGGCAGAGAGGCAGCUAAGGAGUGCAGAGGAGCGGGAGGCUGCGCUGCAGGCUGAUGUCGAGGACUUGGCCGACAAGGUCGGAGCGGGUCUGAAGCUCGACGAUGCAUCUGGUAGCCGCGAUGGUGCUGACACCACAUCAGAUGAGGAGGACGGCGACGACGGCGAGCGGCGCGUAUUGAUGAACCCAACUCGCUCCGAACCUGAGCCUCAGUCCACUUCAGAUGCGGCUCAACAGGCGCCUUCUGACCAACAGGAGCAUAAAGCGGCCCUUAGCAAGGAUGUUUUGAACAGCGAACAGUCAUCUUCCGAGGUCAAGGACGAUACUUCGGCGACCUCAGUGGUGGCAGCAGAGGCAUCAGGCGACUCGGCUCCGGCUCACGUCGAAACACCCAAGAAGGAUACGGGAGGGGACCAGACCCAACCCAAGACAGAUAAACCAGCUCUAGACAGCCCGGGUAAAUCGGCGUUGUAA